AUGGCAAAGCCUCAGAGCAAGGAUUCUGGACUGAAGGAGAAGUUCAGGAAUCUCCUGGGGCUGGGAACAUCCCGGGGAAGUUCAAAGUCGUCAGAGGGCAAACAAACGGAGUUUAUCAUCACUGCGGAAAUACUCAAGGAACUGAGCAUAGAAUGUGGAUUAAGUAAUAGGAUACGAGCAAUCAGUCAAAUUUGUGAAGUGGCAAAAACUAAAAAAAUUGAAGAGCAUGCAGUGGAAGCAAUAUGGAAAGUGGUAGCUGAUAUGCUCCAGCCAGAGCGCCCCAUUGAAGCCAGACAUGCUGUUCUUCAUCUGCUAAAGUCAAUUGUUCAAGGACAGGGUGAGAGAUUAGGGAUCCUCAGAGCACAUUUUUUUAAGGUUAUUAAGGACUAUCCCUCCAAUGAAGACUUGCAUGAACGGCUUGAAGUGUUCAAGGCUCUAACAGAGAAUGGACGAUACAUCACCUACUUAGAAGAAGAGUUAGCUGACUUUGUACUACAGUGGAUGGAUGUUGGUUUGUCUUCUGAGUUCCUUCUGGUUUUAGUGAACCUUGUGAAAUUCAAUAGCUGCUAUCUGGAAGACUAUGUAGCUGACAUGGUCCAGUAAAUAUGCCUCUUGUGCAUUCAGACUUCAUCAUCUGUGGACAUAGAGAUUUCCUUGCAAGUCCUAGAUGCAGUUGUUUGCUAUAACUGUCUGCCAUCAGAGAACCUGCCAGUAUUUAUCAUCACUUUGUGCCGUACGAUCAAUGUGAAGGAGCUCUGCGAGCCAUGCUGGAAGCUUAUGCGCAACCUUUUGGGAACUCAUUUGGGACACAGUGCCAUCUACAAUAUGUGCAGAAUCAUGGAAGACAGAGCUUACAUGGCAGAUGCAGCGCUGCUGAGAGGAGCUGUAUUCUUUGUUGGGAUGGCUCUGUGGGGUGCUCAUCGCCUCAAUUCACUCAAGAAUUCCCCAACUUCAGUGUUGCCUUCAUUCCUUAAGGCCAUGACAUGUCCCAAUGCAGUUGUGUCUUAUGAGAUAGUUUUGUCUAUAACACGUCUAAUAAAGAAGUAUGGGAAGGAGCUGCAAGCUGUAACGUGGGAUAUCCUUUUGGACAUCAUGGAGCGAUUGCUACAACAGCUGCAGAGUCUGGAGAGCCAAGAACUUAAGUCCAUUGUACACGAUCUUUUGACUACAGUAGAAGAGCUCUGUGACCAGAAUGAAUUCCAUGGCUCUGAAGAGAGAUUUUUUGAGCUGGUGGAAAGAUGUGCUGAUCAGAGACCAGAAUCUUCUGUAUUAAACUUGAUAACAUACAGAGCUCAGUCCAUUCAUCCUGCCAAAGAUGGCUGGAUUCACAACCUGCAGAUGUUAAUGGAGAGAUUCUUCAGGAACGAAAGUCGUAGUGCUGUUCGUAUUAAAGUUCUGGAUGUCUUGUCCUUUGUCCUGAGUAUUAACAGACAGUUCUAUGAGGAAGAGCUGAUCAACUUGGUUGUGAUCUCUCAGCUGGCUCACAUUCCAGAGGAUAAAGACCAUCAAGUCCGAAAACUGGCCACUCAGCUACUCGUAGACCUGGCUGAAGGCUGCAACACACAUCACUUUAACAGCUUGCUUGAUAUCAUAGAAAAGGUGGCUGCACAUUCUCUCUCAUCCCCUUCUGAACUGGAAGAGAGGGACUUGCUAUCGUAUUCAGCUUCUUUGGAGGAUGUCAAGACAGCAGUUCUUGGACUCCUGAUAAUUCUUCAGACAAAACUCUACAGCUUACCCUCCAGCCAUGCAAUGCGGGUGUACGAGAUGCUGAUUCACCACGUCCAACGCCAUUAUAUAUAUGCAUACAGCCUUGCUGUUGCUAGCAGCAUCAGAUUGCAGGUAUUUGAUUUCCUGCUGAUGCUUCGAGCUGACUCCCUCCACCGUCUUGGCCUUUCCAACAAGGAUGGAGCAGUGAGGUUCAGCCCUUACUGUCUGUGUGAUUUUGUAGAAGCAGAGAAGAGGGCUUCUGAGAAAAAGCCUGCUGGUACGCUCUCUCCACCUUCAGGAAGUCCCAGUGUGCCUUCCCAGAACGCCACCAUUCGUAUAGGACAUCUGCCGUACUCGAUGGUCUUUGGCGUCCUUCUGCAGUGUUUGAAGCAAGAGACAGACUGGAAGGUGUUGAAAUUGGUCCUCAACAAAUUACCUGAAUCCCUCCGCUAUAAAGUGCUAUUUUUAACCUCUCCUUGUAACAUAGACCUCCUGGCCUCUGCACUGAGCUACAUGCUCACAGACAAAAAGACUACUGACAGGCUUCACGGUACCCCAGAAGGCUUUUCUCGCACGGAUUUGCAUCUGGCUGUAGUCCCAGUACUGACGGCAUUAAUAUCUUAUCAUAAUUAUCUGGACAAAGCUAAACAGCGUGAAAUAGUGUAUUGCCUGGAACACGGUCUUAUUUACCGCUGUGCAAACCAGUGCGUUGUGGCACUCUCUGUCUGUAGCGUCGAGAUGCCCGACAUCAUCAUAAAGGCGCUUCCCGUCUUAAUAGUCAAAUUAACCCACAUUUCUGCUACAGCCAAUAUGGCCAUCCCUCUCUUAGAAUUUCUUUCAACUCUAGCAAGGCUGCCUCACCUCUACAGGAAUUUUGCAGCAGAGCAGUAUGCCAGUGUGUUCGCCAUCUCCCUACCGUACACAAACCCUUCCAAGUUUAACCAGUACAUUGUUUGCCUGGCCCAUCACGUGAUAGCUAUGUGGUUCAUUCGGUGUCGCCUUCCCUUCCGAAAGGACUUUGUCCCCUAUAUUACAAAGGGUUUGCGCUCAAAUGUCCUCCUUUCCUUUGAUGACACACCUGAGAAGGACAGUUUCAGGGCUCGCAGUACAAGCCUGAAUGAGAGGCCAAAAAGUUUAAGACUAGCCAAAAAUGCAAAGCAAGGCUUGAAUAACUCUCCUCCAGUGAAAGAGCUGAAAGAAUCCUCUGCAGUUGAUGCCUUCCGAUCCCGCAGCAUCAGUGUGUCUGAACAUGUGGUCCGCAGCCGGAUACAAACGUCCAUCACUAGUUCAAGCCUGGGCUCUGCAGAUGAAAAUUCAAUGGCUCAGGCUGAUGACAACUUAAAAAAUCUUCACCUGGAACUCACUGAGACCUGUCUGGAUAUGAUGGCUCGAUACGUCUUUUCCAACUUCACUGCGGUGCCUAAGAGGUCUCCUGUGGGUGAGUUUCUGUUGGCUGGAGGAAGGACAAAGACGUGGCUGGUUGGUAACAAGCUGGUGACCAUCACUACAAGCGUUGGAACAGGGACGAGGUCCCUGCUUGGCCUAGACUCUGGAGAGCUCCAAAGCAGCACAGAAUCGAGCUCAGACCCUGUUUUGCAAGUGAGACAAACUAAAGAAGCUCCAGCAAAACUGGAAUCUCAAGCUGGGCAGCAGGUUUGCAGAAGCUCUCGCAACAGAGUCCGAUCCAUGUCUGGUGGUCAUGCCUUACGUGUUGGUGCCUUAGACAGCUCAGCCUCCCAUUUUCCCAGUGGCUCGACUUCCCAAGGGACACAGGGUCCUCCAGCUCCUGCAUCUCGAUCAGAGAAGACUAAUCCUGCUCCACAGACACCUCUGCAGAAAGAAAAAGCAAACUUAGCUGCGUAUGUCCCGCUGCUGACACAGGGAUGGGCAGAAAUCCUGGUGCGCAGACCCACAGGUAACACAAGCUGGCUAAUGAGUCUGGAGAACCCGCUCAGUCCAUUUUCUUCAGAUAUUAACAAUAUGCCCCUGCAAGAGCUCUCUAAUGCACUCAUGGCUGCAGAGCGUUUUAAAGAACACCGAGAAACGGCUCUAUAUAAAUCCCUCUCUGUCCCCUCCUCCAGCUUGGCCACCGGGACAGCCAAACCAUCGCUUCUCCAGCGUUCCAACACAGUGGCCUCUUUCUCUUCCAUGUACCAGUCCAGUUGUCAAGGGAAGUUGCACAGGAGCAUAUCCUGGGCAGAAUCAGCGGUGGUGCUGGAGGAAGGGAGCCCGCUGGAAAUGGAGCUAAAGGAAACUGAGUCCCCAGCUGAGUCUCCAGAGAGUGAGGACAUUGAGACUUCGUGUUCUGAACAAGUCCUGAGCGAGGAAAGGUUUGGUAAACCCCAGGAAUCUUAUAGCAGGUCCUCCUCAACCUCCAGCCAAGAAGAAAAAUCGCUGAAGUCGGAAGACCUGGUGGAGGGUGGAAUUCCCAUCGGGAGAGUCCUGCCAUCAGAGGACGGUCGAACACUGGAGGAGCUUUCCUUCCAGCCAUCCCAGCCGCUCAGCAAGUCGAGUUCUUCCCCCGAGCUACAGACGCUGCAGGAGGUCCUCAAAGAUGCAAAUGGCAGAGAAGUAACAAGGAGGUUGAGCACAGAAGUGAAAUCAAAAUCCCAGUCUGGGAACCUGGAAGGGGAAGGGCUGGGCAGUUGGCUGGGCAAGGGGGAGGACGCCAGAGUGACUGGGUCAGGCGGGCUGGAUGGCAUCGGUCCUGUCACCUCGCCUCGCUCCCCCUCUGGGCACCGGCCCCGAGGAUACACCAUCUCUGACUCAGCCCCAUCAAGGAGAGGAAAAAGGAUCGAGAGAGAUGCCUUCAAGAGCAGAACAGCAGCCUCCAAUGCGGAGAAAGUACCCGGAAUAAACCCAAGCUUUGUGUUUUUACAGUUGUACCACUCCCCAUUCUUUGGUGAUGAAAACAAUAAGCCCCUUUUGUUGCCAAAUGAGACGUUUGAAAGAUCGGUGCAGCUCCUGGAUCAAAUUCCUUCUUACGACACGCACAAGAUUGCAGUGCUCUACGUUGGAGAAGGCCAGAGCAACAAUGAAAUCGCAAUUCUGUCAAAUGAACACGGAUCCUAUCGCUAUACAGAGUUCCUGACUGGGUUAGGGAAGCUCAUUGAGCUCAAAGACUGUCAGCCGGAUAAAAUUUACCUUGGUGGCCUGGACGUGUGUGGGGAGGAUGGACAGUUUACCUACUGUUGGCAUGACGACAUUAUGCAAGCCAUUUUCCACAUUGCUACUCUGAUGCCCACAAAGGAUUUGGAUAAAUAUCGCUGUGACAAGAAAAGGCACCUUGGGAAUGAUUUCGUUUCUAUUGUUUACAAUGAUUCUGGAGAAGACUUUAAGCUGGGAACAAUAAAGGGUCAGUUCAAUUUUGUGCACGUUAUCAUCACACCACUUGACUAUGACUGUAACCUGGUGACGCUGCAGUGUCGGAAAGACAUGGAGGGUCUCGUGGACACGAGUGUUGCUAAGAUCAUCUCUGAUAAGAACCUGCCGUUUGUAGCCCGUCAGAUGGCCCUGCACGCUAACAUGGCUUCCCAGGUUCAUCAUAGUCGAUCCAACCCUACUGACACCUACCCAUCCAAAUGGAUUGCCAGGCUACGUCAUAUCAAGAGGCUCAGGCACCGGUUACGUGAAGAAACCCAGUACCAGACUCCUGGCCUUCCCCUGCAGAUGCAUCCAUCUGCUCCGCCAAAGGCCCCUCCCCAGAUCCCUCAGGACCCUCCACCCACCUAUGAGACCGGACAGAGGAAGCGGCUGAUCUCCUCGGUGGACGACUUCACAGAGUUCGUGUAG